AUGGCUCGGCCUGACCCGUCCGCACCGCCCUCCCUGCUGCUGCUGCUCCUGGCGCAGCUGGCCGGCCGGGCGGCGGCUGCCUCCAAGGCCCCAGUGUGCCAGGAAAUCACAGUGCCCAUGUGCCGCGGCAUCGGCUACAACCUGACGCACAUGCCCAACCAGUUCAACCACGACACGCAGGACGAGGCUGGCCUGGAGGUGCACCAGUUCUGGCCGCUGGUGGAGAUCCACUGCUCGCCGGACCUGCGCUUCUUCCUGUGCUCCAUGUAUACGCCCAUCUGCCUGCCCGACUACCACAAGCCGCUGCCGCCCUGCCGCUCGGUGUGCGAGCGCGCCAAGGCCGGCUGCUCGCCGCUCAUGCGGCAGUACGGCUUCGCCUGGCCGGAGCGCAUGAGCUGCGACCGCCUCCCGGUGCUGGGCCGCGACGCCGAGGUCCUGUGCAUGGAUUACAACCGCAGCGAGGCCACCACGGCGCCCCCCAGGCCUUUCCCCGCCAAACCCACCCUCCCGGGCCCAGCGGGGGCCCCGGCCUCCGGGGGCGAGUGCGCCGCCGGGGGCCCAUCGGUGUGCAAGUGCCGCGAGCCCUUCGUGCCCAUCCUGAAGGAGUCGCACCCGCUCUACAACAAGGUGCGCACGGGCCAGGUGCCCAACUGCGCGGUGCCCUGCUACCAGCCCUCCUUCAGCCCGGACGAGCGCACGUUCGCCACCUUCUGGAUUGGCCUGUGGUCUGUGCUGUGCUUCAUCUCCACCUCCACCACGGUGGCCACCUUCCUGAUAGACAUGGAACGCUUCCGCUACCCUGAGCGCCCCAUCAUCUUCCUGUCCGCCUGCUACUUGUGCGUGUCGCUGGGCUUCCUGGUGCGCCUGGUGGUGGGCCAUGCCAGCGUCGCCUGCAGCCGCGAGCACAGCCACAUUCACUACGAGACGACAGGCCCUGCGCUGUGCACUGUCGUCUUCCUGCUGGUCUACUUCUUCGGGAUGGCCAGCUCCAUCUGGUGGGUCAUCCUGUCACUCACCUGGUUCUUGGCAGCUGGAAUGAAGUGGGGCAACGAGGCCAUCGCGGGCUAUGCACAGUACUUCCACCUGGCCGCGUGGCUCAUCCCCAGCGUCAAGUCCAUCACGGCGCUGGCACUGAGCUCCGUGGACGGGGACCCGGUGGCCGGCAUCUGCUACGUGGGCAACCAGAACCUGAACUCGCUCCGCGGCUUCGUGCUGGGCCCGCUGGUGCUCUACCUGCUGGUGGGCACCCUCUUCCUCCUGGCGGGUUUCGUGUCGCUCUUCCGCAUCCGUAGCGUCAUCAAGCAGGGCGGCACCAAGACGGACAAGCUGGAGAAGCUGAUGAUCCGCAUCGGUAUCUUCACGCUGCUCUAUACGGUGCCGGCCAGCAUCGUGGUGGCCUGCUACCUGUACGAGCAGCACUAUCGCGAGAGCUGGGAGGCUGCGCUCACCUGCGCGUGCCCAGGCCCCGACGCCGGCCAGCCGCGCGCUAAGCCCGAGUACUGGGUGCUCAUGCUCAAGUACUUCAUGUGCCUCGUGGUGGGCAUCACGUCGGGCGUCUGGAUUUGGUCCGGCAAGACUGUGGAGUCGUGGCGGCGCUUCACGAGCCGCUGCUGCUGCCGCCCGCGGCGGGGCCACAAGAGCGGUGGCGCGACGGCCGCCGGGGACUAUGAGGCGAGCGCAGCGCUCACGGGCAGGACCGGGCCGCCGGGCCCCCCCACAGCCGCCGCCGCGGCCGCCGCCUACCACAAGCAGGUGUCCCUGUCUCACGUGUAG